AUGUUGGGCCGUCUCGCAACCCGCUUCGGAACUUCCUUGGCCGCCGUUCCUGCUCACUAUGUGCCUCCAAGUGUUCUCCAAGGCCGCUAUGACAUCAGCCACUUGCUGGGGAAGGGCCAGCAAUCCACAGUAUGGCAUGCUCACGAUCGAGAGCGGCAAGUCGAAUCCAAAGACACAUUUCUAAGUUACACUGAAAACUUGUGCAGCAACUGCGACGUCGCGAUUAAGAUAUUCACCUCUGAAAUGACUGCAAUACAAGGCGAUGAGGCGUUCGAGUUGGAGAUUGCCCAACGAAUAUCUCGGCUCCCAGACACGUGCACACUCCCUGGGCGACGCCAUCUCUUGACCUCUUCCGAUUCGUUUGCGGUCACUGGCAAUGGCGGUCGGUACCAAUGUCUCGUUACGGAGCUGCUUGGCGUGUCGUUGCUGCAUGACUCACUCUGUGGCCCGUCCGAGGCCCGCCGCCAGCUUCCCCUCCCCCUCGUGAAGACCAUCACGUUCCAGAUGCUUCAGGCGCUGCAGACGCUGCAUGACGAAUGUCAGGUGGUUCAUACAGACAUCAAGCACGAUAACAUUCUUCGCCGGCCUAGUGACGACUCUUUCAUACUCGCCGACUAUGGCUCCGGAAUGCCGCUCAGCGAGCUGUCUCGCUUUCCCGACCGCCAGCUGCAGCCGCCUGCGCUUCGCUGUCCCGAGGUCAUAGUCGGGUGUCCAUGGGAUACCAAGGCUGACAUCUGGAAUCUGGGGUGCAUGGUUUUUGAGCUGGCAACCGCUCGGCGCUUGUUCAACCCGUCUGGAACCGCACAAUAUUCUGCAGAGCAAUACCACCUCGCACGGAUCUACGCCACAUUCGUGCACGAGGACACCGAGGUUGAGCGCCUGCGAGACUCUUUAUUCUCCAAGGGGCGGCAUUUCGAUGCAUUCUUCCGCGCGCAUGGUGGCCUCAUCGUAUCUAUUGCCCGUGACCAUCACGAGUCUCUCAACGGCAUUCUCAAAGUUUACGGGAUCGAGUCCGCACCGCUUGAGAGUCUUUUGACGGACAUGCUCCGGGUGCACCCGGGUGACCGUCCAUCGGUGAAGGAGUUGUUGUCACAUCCUUUCUUUGCUCCAAACGGCAAAAAAAGCAGCACAUAA